ACAUUUGACGGCGCGCGUGUUGGCACGUUUUCGGGGCCUCUGCCACGGACUCAUGGUUAAGCCCUUGGGUCGUCUAAAGUGCGGUACGCAAAGUUGAGCACCUAGCACUGAGCUGGGCAUUAAGUAUACGCGGCGUUAUCUUGAUCCGCUCGAUUGCCGUUGCCGGGUAAUUUGAUCUCAAACUCACGCGGCCAGCAGCAACAACAUUGGGCAACUCAAGGUUUAAAUGUGAUUUAAAAUUGUGUCAACCAGUACCCGCAAUCGCAGAUUGCGACCAUUCAAAAUGAUAGAUAUGAAAGCGGCCCCAGCAUCAGCGAACCAGUGCGAAAUCCAACAACAGUCGGCGUUCAAAAUGGUUUUAUGAUACAGCGACUACCGAAUAGCAACUAGCAACAAGCAACUAGCAACACACCAACUGGCAACUUGCAACACAUCAAGUGUCAACUAGCAACACGGCUACAGCAGCCACACGAAUUUCCCACAGAGAGGCCCUCCCCCUCGACCUUCCAUAUGGAGGACAAUAAAGACGCCAGCCAGGUGCUGAACACCACACCCGACCAGGUGGUCACCAGCCGCGCCCCGCUCACCGGCCUAGCGCCCUUGAGGCACAGCCAACUCUCUGAUAGCGGAGCUGAGAGCUGCUACGAGGGCGACGAGCAGGCACGGCUCAUCCGGUCGUCCACGUCGCGGGCCCACAAGUUCAUCAUAAUACCGGCCACGCCGGGAACACCGCCGGGAAGCUGUGCGGUAGCAGGACCACUUCCCUUCCGCCAGACCAGCUCCACCACAUCGCUGGCGGCCAUGGCAGCUGCACUGCACAAACAGUCGCCACUGCGCCAGGCAUCGGUGCGAACCAGGCCCAGUUCGGAAGUAUUGCAACCUGGUCAGGUGCUGGCCCAUCAGCCAACGGCAGCAGGAUCCACCUCCACGGUGACCUUCACCAUUGACGACUGUGAUGAACAAGGUGCUGCCAUUCCUGCUGCAGCUUCAGUUCCAGCUCCCGUGACCAUGCCCGCCAUUUCACCCACGCCGGCCACCCUGACCUGCACCACCACCACCACCAUGGCCGGGGAUUCGGUGGCCGUCUCGCCGCUCAGCAUGGAGCUAAAGUUGCGGUUAGGCAGCCAUCACAGCAGCAUGCGCUCCGUGGUCUCAGGUUAUCUUCCGGGCCUAAAUGACAGUAGCGGCAAUCUGGUUGGAGGCGUAUCGAUGGCCACUUCUGGAUUACAGGCCCCCAAUCCGCUCUACAUGCAACCACAGGCCUCGUUGAGCGGCAGUUCCUAUCAUUUCCACGAACUGGCCGGCAACCAGAUCUACUCCGAUGUGACCUCCGUUCGCUCGCUGGCCUCCAUUGGCAUUGGGUCAACGGAUGGGCGCAAGCUGGUUAUCCGGCGAGUGCCCACCACCGCCAACGAGUUGUUCGACAUGGUGAAUCCGCAGACGCCACCACCCUUAGGGGUGGAUGACGAUGACAGCUACAUGGACAUGUCCGAUGAGACGGCCCACCUGAAGCCGCGCCAGCAGCACUGGGCCAACAAGAUGCAGUUCGUCCUGGCCUGCAUAGGAUACUCGGUGGGUCUCGGCAACGUCUGGCGAUUUCCCUACAUGUGCUACAAGAGUGGCGGUGGUGUUUUUCUAGUACCUUAUUGCAUAAUACUGUUCAUAUGCAGCAUUCCGCUGCUCUUCAUGGAGCUGUCCGUUGGCCAAUACACCGGUCGAGGACCCAUUGGGGCACUGGGUCAACUGUGUCCUCUGUUCAAGGGAGCCGGACUCGCCAGCGUGGUCGUCUCGUUCCUCAUGUCCACCUACUAUAGUGUCAUCAUAGGCUACUCCAUCUACUACUUCUUUACGUCGUUCAAAACGGAGAUGCCCUGGAUCGACUGCAACAACAGGUGGAACACGCCGGAUUGCUGGGUGCCACAGCGCAAGGGGAUUAAUGCCAGUGCGCCGGACACAUCUCGCACUCCAUCCGAGGAAUUCUUCGAAAACAAGGUCCUUCAGAUCAGCGGUGGCCUGGAGUAUCCGGGCAUGAUGCGCUGGGAGCUAUUCGCCUGCCUAAUCUGCGCCUGGCUAAUGGUCUACUUCGCCACGUGGAAGUCGAUUAAGUCGUCGGCGAAGGUGCGCUACUUCACGGCCACCUUUCCGUUCGUGCUGAUCAUCAUCCUGAUGGUGCGAGCGGUGACCCUGGAUGGAGCUGCUGAGGGUCUGCGCUUCUUCUUCCGUCCCAAGUGGUCGGAGCUGAAGAACGCCAAUGUGUGGAUCAACGCCGCAUCCCAGAACUUCAACUCGCUGGGCAUCACCUUCGGAUCCAUGAUCUCCUUUGCCAGCUACAACAAGUACAACAACAAUAUCCUGCGGGAUACCGUGGCAGUGAGUGCGGUGAAUAUGAUCACCAGUCUCCUGGUGGGCAUCUUUGCCUUCUCCACGCUGGGCAACCUGGCGCUGGAGCAGAACACCAAUGUGAGGGACGUCAUCGGUGAUGGACCGGGCAUGAUAUUCGUGGUGUAUCCCCAGGCGAUGGCUAAGAUGCCGUACGCUCAGCUUUGGGCGGUCAUGUUCUUCUUCAUGCUGCUCUGCCUCGGUCUGAACUCGCAGUUUGCCAUCGUGGAGGUGGUGGUCACGUCCAUACAGGAUGGCUUUCCGCGGUGGAUCAAGCGGCACUUGGGCUAUCACGAAAUCGUGGUGCUGUUCGUCUGUGUCAUCUCAUGUCUCUUCGGAAUGCCCAACAUCAUACAGGGUGGCAUCUACUACUUCCAGCUAAUGGAUCACUACGCCGCCUCCGUGACGAUCAUGUUCCUGGCCUUCUGUCAAAUGAUCGCCAUUGCCUGGUUCUACGGCACGGGAAGGCUCUCAAAGAACGUCAAACAAAUGACCGGAAAGGCGCCUUCCUUCUAUCUCAGAUCCUGCUGGCUAGUAUUGGGACCCUGCCUCCUCUUUGCCAUCUGGGUGUUGAGUCUGAUCAACUACCACGAGCCCACCUACCACAAUGGACGCUAUACCUAUCCGGACUGGGCCUAUGGAAUAGGCUGGAUGUUCGCUUCAUUCUCGCUGAUCUGCAUACCUGGAUAUGCGGUUAUCAACUUCCUGCGCUCCAGUGGAGAUACAUUUUGGGAACGCAUCCGGAACACGCUGAGACCCAACAUCUACGAGUGCAAGAUUUGCGGGGAACACCACUGCGAACACGACUUUCCGGAGCAGGAGCAGUUCAUGCUGGCCCAGGAAAUGGCCACCGUGUACAAGCCCACGAACCCACAACUGCUCCAUCUCGGCCAGAAGUGCGGCUACAACGCCAUGCAGGCCUCACCCUCACAUGCGGAGGCAGGAGGAUCAUGUGGCCAGUAGCUGUUAGGAACCUUUCCCAACAAUAGCCAUUUCCGAGUAUUUUUAACGAAUCACUUUUGUAAGUUAACUGCAGAAAUUAAAGUAUUUAAAUAAAUUCUAGAGCGAGA